GACCGCGCGCACGCUCGCGCGCCCGGGGAAGCCGCCUCUGUCGCUGCGUCUUCGCGCCGCCAUUCGGGAAAGGAGCUGCGCGCGCGCAGCAGGGGCCCGCGGACUCCGUCGAGGAGGCCGCCGCCACCGCUGCGUGGCCUCCGGUCCGCGAGGAACGGACCUGUCCCGGUCCCACCCCCCUGGCCUGGCUCUCCCCCCGCACACCACGUGCCCGCCGCUCCCCCCCUCCCCCCUGCCCUGCACGGUUCAGCCCCUCAUACUUCAUGUUUGCUUCUCUAUGCAGGGUGAAGGCCAGCUACUCUGUGGCUUAGCUAAAAAGCCAUGUAGGAUAUCAGGUCUUUGAAAAACAGUUUUGAGGCAUCUGGGAAGAAUGAAGACCUAAAGUAUUUUUCCAAAGUUUUGGAUAUGCCAGGGAGAGCUACAAAAGUUAAAGGGGAGAUGUGGGGAAAAGAAUUAAUACUCUGAAGAAAACUCUUCCCAGUUCUCUCAGCAACAUUGACGUGAUUUCAAAGGACCUGUGCAAGUUGUAACAGAUUUUUUAAAAAUGGAAGUAUUCCCAGAACUUCGUAAACAACCAGAACGUUUGGAAUGUGAUCACUGCAGUUUCAAAGGCACAGAUUAUGAAAAUGUACAAAUCCAUAUGGGUACCAUCCAUCCAGAGUAUUGUGAUGAAAUGGAUGCUGGUGGGUUAGGUAAAAUGAUAUUUUACCAGAAAACCGCAAAGUUGUUUCACUGCCAUAAAUGUUUCUUUACCAGCAAAAUGUACUGCAAUGUAUACUAUCACAUUACAUCCCAACAUUCAGUAAAAGAUAAGUGGGAUGAUAAACAGAAAAAACAGUUGGAUAAGGAGACAGAACCUGUGAAAACCUCCCUCUUCCCAGAGUCCCAGAAAAUGUCUAAUUCAUCAGAGAAUCAGAAAUCCGGGCCUGUUUCUUCAACAGAGUCACAGAAACCUGCUCCUGUUCAGUCUUCAGAAUCACCUCACACUUCCCCUGCUAGUUCUCCAGAGCUCCAGAAACCUGCUUCUGUUGUUUCUUCAGAGUCACAGAAACUUUCUUUUGCUGGCUCUGACCCUCAAAAACCUGUCCUUCCUGAGUCUCAGAAACCUUCCCCUGUUCCUUCUCCAGAAUCCCCAGAACUUGUCCCUCUGGCUUCGUUGGAACCACAGAAACUUACUUCUGUAUCUCCCGAGCCACAGAAGUCUCCUCUUGCUAAUCCCUUGGCCCAGAAGCUCUCUCAUUUUACAGAGACGUUAAGGACUCCUUUGUCAACUUCCCCUGAGCCUCAAGAACCAGUUCUAGCUUCCUCCCCUGAGCCUUGGGGAUCAUCUCCAAGUUCAUCUCCUGAAUCCCAGAAACCAGCUCUGACUGAAUCUCCUGAACCUAGGAGGCCAUCACCAGCUGUUUCUCCCGAAUCUUGGAAGCCGUCACCUGCUGUGUCCCCUGAGCCAAGGAGGCCAGCCCCAGCAGUAUCACCAGGUCCUUGGAAGCCUGUUGUAUCUACAUCCCCUAGACCUUGGAAACCUCCUCCUUCCGUAUCACCUGGACCUUGGAAGCCUACUAAUAAGCCUGCUCCUUCUGUAUCCCCUGGACCUUGGAAACCUUUACCUCUAUCAUCUGGCCCUUGGAAGCCAAGUCCACCUAUGUCACCUGGAUCCUGGAAGCCUUUACCUGUAUCACCUGGUUCAUGGAAAUCUACCACAUCUGAGGCCUGGAAGCCUGGACCCCCAGAACUUCGAAAGACAUCUCCUAUGUCAUCUGAACUCUGGAAACCAGGUCCCUCUUCCCCAGAGACCCGUAAAACUGGUCCCCCAUUGUCCCCAGAAGCUCGUAAACCAAGUCCUUCAUCCCCAGAAGCUCGUAAACCAGCUCCCUCAUCCCCUGAGGCCCGGAAGGUAGGCCCCCCAUUGUCCCCAGAGACCAGGAAAGCAGGUCCUCCAUUGUCACCUGAACUCCGUAUGCCAGGUCCCCCACUGUCCCCUGAGCCCCGUAAACCAGGUCCUCCACUGUCCCCUGAACUCCGCAAAAUAAGUCCCUCAUUGUCCCCUGAAGCUCGAAAAGCAGGCCCCCCUUUAUCUCCUGAGCUCCGAAAGUCAGGUCCCCCACUGUCCCCUGAAAUUCGAAAAGCAGUUCCCCCAUUGUCUCCUGACCUUCGUAAAUCAGGACCUCCAGGAUUAUCUGAGCUUCGUAAGUCAGGACCCCCAUUGUCACCUGAGCUUCGAAAGUCAGGCUCUUCUGUGUCUCCUGAUCACCAGAAAGCUUCAGUAUCACCAGAACUCUGGAAGGUUUCUUCUGAUCAAUGGAAACCUUCUAUUUCUGGAGAGCCAUGGAAACCUGCCUCUAAUGAUUUUACUGAAUCCCAGAAGGCUGCCCCUCCUGGCUCUCCAGAUGUCUGGAAGUCUUCCUUUUUUCUUGAACCUCAGAAACCUGUCUUCCCUGAAUCCCGGAAACCUGGUCCUCCUGGGUCAUCUGAACUUCUUAAAAUGGCAUCAGAGACCCGAAAACCUACAAUUUCUGGUGAUGACCCCCGAAAAUCCUCCCUUUUCCCUGAGUCUCCCAAAGCCAUACCAUCUUCUGAGCCCCGCAAACGGGCUCUCUUCCCAGAAUCGAGGAAACAUAUCCCUUUUCCUGAGCUUCCCAAAUCAGUUGCUAUUUACCCUGAAUCUCAGAAAUUAGUUGAUUCUAGUGAGUAUGAUGUCCAGACAGAGGCCAUGGAAGAUCAAAAAGAUGAUAUUUUGGCUCAAGAAGAUAUAUUAUAUCCUUGUCAAAAGAAGCUCAAGAAAGAUAACCAAGAGAACUCUGAUGCAGAGCUUAGCGGCGGUGAAUGUGGAAAAGCAGAUUUAGAUUUCCUAGAUCUAAAGGGCCAGGAAUCUAACAGUGAUCAAGAGCAAGUUGAUGUGGAAUCGGUUGAUUUCACUAAAGAGAAAAUGGAUAUUACCGAUCAGCCAAAAAGCAUCCUGCAGUUUACAGAUGAGAAAGAGGCUUUUAUCUCUGAAGAGGAGAUAGCAAAAUAUAUGAAACGUGGAAAAGGAAAAUAUUUUUGCAAGAUCUGUUGCUGUCGUGCUAUGAAAAAAGGCGCAGUUUUGCAUCAUUUAGUUAACAAGCAUAAUGUUCAUAGCCCAUAUAAAUGCACAAUAUGUGGGAAGGCUUUUCUUUUGGAAUCUCUCCUUAAAAAUCAUGUUGCAGCUCAUGGGCAAAGUUUACUUAAGUGUCCACGUUGUAAUUUUGAAUCGAAUUUCCCAAGAGGCUUUAAGAAACAUUUAACCCACUGUCAAAACCGUCACAAUGAAGAGGCUAAUAAGAAGCUUAUGGAAACUAUUGAACCUCCUCCUCCACCCCCACCCCCACCCCCUCCUCCACCACCCCCACCUCCCCCUCCACCUGAAGAGCAAACCUAAUUUUGAAAAUUAUGUAUUAUAUACUUCAAAAAUUUAUCUACUAAAAUCAACCUUUGAAAGAGUUGCUCUUUUAGCCAAUUAAGUAGUUUAGUUGAAUAAGUAGAAGAGUUGAAAAGGUUGUAUCAUGUUUAGUUUGUGUCAGUAGUAGUAUAGAAAAGAACCUUUCCAGAAUUUUUAGAGUAUCUGUUCAUGUGCCUAUCUUAAAAUCAAUAAAUUCAUACUGGAUAUUCCA